UCAUGGGCAUAAAAGACAAGAACAUGAACACAAAAUCGUGUCUUUCUGAACGAACACCGUCUUGUAUUAAUUACCUGAUUCCAAUUUCCAACCUAUUCACAUUUUGGCUUUUUUUGAAGAAAAUUUAAAGAUAAAAUUCUAUUUUCAGAGCAGAGUCCCUUACCUUGAUUUCAUACACUGUUUUCCGCAACAAUAUCAGACAGAAAUUUGUUGUAUGUGUACCUAGUGAGAGAGAGAGAGAGAUUAAAAACUAAAAAGUGUAGUUGGGUUUGGAUUAUAUAUGGUGAUGUUGGAGUUGAGAUUUUCCAAUGCCAUGGAUGUUGGGAAUUUUAGCGGUGUCAGUUUCCUCUAUAAUUCAUGUACCAGUUGCAGUCGCAGCUACUUCCCUUCACCAUCUCCAACUUUGUCUUUCUCCCCGACUUCCAAUUCAACCUUCAAAAUGGUCUCUUUCAAUCCCUCUAAAAUUGAUUCUUUCCACCAUUUUAUCCCAAAGCUUUUGUCUUCCUCUGUUUCUCAAGAGAGAGAACUUGAUUCUUGAACUCUAUGAAAGACUAAACCAAUCCCUUAAUAUCAAGUCCAUUUUAUUUUGUUCUGUUUUAUUUUCUUGAAGAGUUGGGAGCUUCUUGAUUUGUCUGCAUCCAUUUUUUUGCAAUAGUUUGGAGUUCUGAGAAAUUAUUUCCCUUUCUCUUUGAGAAAAUGCUGUCUGCUUCAUUGAGUAAUCAGCAGAUGACUCUGCCUUGUAGCAGGUAUGAUUUUGGUGGAUGUUGGAUUGAUAUUGGUAAAGGGAAGAGUGCUGCUACCACCAGAAAUGCUACAGUCAAGAAGAAGAGGUUGAGCAUUCCACCUCUGGCUUCUUCUGCUACCUUAGAUCACUCUCCUAAUUCCUCGAGAUCCGAUUUCUAUAAGGAGGUGCUUGCAUCUGCUAGAGACAAAUUUACAAUGGAGAUAUCUUUCCAGUCCAAGGAUAAAGAUAUCUCACUUGCAAAGGCAUUGCUCUAUGUUGCCGCUGAAGAUGAGGCAUUUCUGGCUUUCAAUCGUGAGAUGGAUGCUCGUUCGAUCCAUCAUGAGAGGAAAGAUACAUCAUCACUACUUGAUGCCCAAGGGUGGGAUUCUGUGGAGUCCAUGCCAAUGGCUGGAAAGAAUAUAAACGGGUGGUUGGCCGAGCUGGAUACCAUAGCAAACGAGGUUAAAGCUGAGUUGGUUUCAAGAGAGAUCGGAUGUGAUAUGGGAGAAGUGUUGGAUGCAGUGAACAAAGUCCUCUUGGAGUAUAGAGGUUUAAAGAGGUUACCCGUCUUAGUAGACUCCAAGUGUUCGUACCUGCACUCAGCGUUAAGCUCUGGUGGUGCCAGCGCAAUAUUGCUUAGCGUGAUUUACAUUGAAGUUUGCCAAAGACUCAAUCUUACUAUUGUGGGAUCUCGUGUUGGGGAAGAUUUUUUGAUAUGGCCCCCCACCGGAAAUCCUGAGGAGUUAUUCAAAGUAAUUUCGGGGCCCAGCUUGUUUGCUGUUGUCAACGGGAACUGCGUGGACGAUCCAUGGUCUAGGGCCUCGGACGUAAAUAGCAACUCACUUUUGGGGCUAGACGUUGCAACCAACCGAGAUAUCAUUGGAAUCACUCUAGCCAAUUUGAUUAGGCUUUACUGGAAACGUGCUUCGAGAACGAAUCACGGGUUGAUGCUGACUUCUCCGCUUCGGUGUCUCCAUAACUCUGAGGAGAAGCUCAACAAGAAAAGUUGUUCGAGCAUGCCUUUACUGCGCCCUCAGGAGCUGAGGCUUGCUAUCAUGGCCUCGGAGAGAUUACUGAUCCUUCAGCCGCAUGAUUGGGCUCUGAGAAGAGACUACGGCAUGAUGCUCUACUACAACCGAGAAUACGAGGCUGCGGUCCAAGAGCUCAGCAUCUGCAUGGCAUUUGCACCAGAAGAAGAAGCUCAGGUUCUUGAACCUUUUGUUGAGAAGCUGCAUCUUAUGCGGCUUGAGACGUCGUGGAAAUCGCUGGGACAAAAAGGUCGCCUAACGGUUCCUUGACUCGAUUUUGCUUCAAGUAAGACGCCGCCGUAUCUAUUUGUAUAGUCUGCAUUUAUAAAUAUCUUCAUCAGUGUAACCUUAAUUUCCUGUUCAAGACUUGUCUAGAUGUACUUCACCUUAACUCCAUCAAUGUUCCAUUGUUGGAAACACACACACACACACACACACCACAAACAGUCUUAAAGCAGUUUUCCAGUGGCAGUUUUGCAGAUAUAGAAUUCUAUAUUUAUGUUA